UAUAAUACUGACAGCCGGCAGUAUGACCAUUUUGAAUAAAAAAUGUGGAAUCGUCACCACCAUUGUGGUUGUCGUUGUGUGCAUAAUUUUGGGAGUUUUGUUGGGUGUUCUAUUGCCGAGACGUGAUUCCCAAAGUACAGAUGAUGAGGAACUAUUAGAACUCCCCGAAUCAUCUCCAUGGUAUGGCAACGAAGAGAUAAAAAUAUUCCGGCAAUAUUUGCGAAUACCAACGGUCAACGAUCCCGACAUAGAUUAUGAGCCGUGCGUAGCAUUCCUAAAGAAACAAGCCGAGAGCAUCGACCUUCCUGUAUCAGUUUAUUAUCCAGCUAAUGAAAAGAAUCCCGUUGUCGUUAUGACAUGGUUGGGAUCUGAACCAGAUCUUCCAACUAUUAUGUUGAACAGUCAUACCGACGUCGUACCGGUAUUCGAAGAAUUUUGGACACAUCCACCAUUUGCUGCCGAUGUGGAUGAACAAGGACGCAUUUACGCUCGUGGAAGUCAAGAUACAAAGGGUGUUGGUAUGAUGUAUUUAGCCGCGAUCAGAGCAUUAAAGCAACGGGAUGGUAUCAAGCAAUUGAAACGAACGGUUCACAUAAUAUUCGUUCCCGACGAAGAAAUGGGUGGUUUGUUGGGAAUGGAUCGGUUCGUUUUGACUGACGAAUUCAGGGCAUUGAAUGUUGGAUAUGUACUGGACGAGGGUACCGUUUCAGCGAGUAACAGAGUUGUGGUUACUAACGAUGAGCGUUGUACGUGGAGAAUUGAAUUUAUUGCACAUGGUGUGACUGGUCAUGGAUCGAUACUGUUUGAAAAUACGACAGGUGAAAAAGUUGCACAUUUGAUCAGUCUACUAAUGGAACGACGUAAAAUUGAAAUGGAAAAACUUAUCGACUCAAACAAUGAUUACACCAACGUUACAACUAUCAAUCUCACUGUUAUAAAGGGAGGUGUCCAGGGAAAUGUUAUUCCACCAGAGCUGAGCAUUGUAUUUGAUGUUCGUCUGGGCGCCGAUGCUGAUCAUGAUGCAUUUGAAAAGGAUAUCAAUCGAUGGUGCGAAGAAAGCGGUGGGAAUAUUACCAUUAAUUAUUUAAUAAAAGAUCCCAAGGCACCAGCCACACCUGCCGAUGAAACGAAUCCGAUGUGGGUUGUACUUGAAAAAGUCACCAAGGAAUCCGGCAUUGAAAUUGCUCCAAUAGUUGCAAGAGGUGCAUCUGAUAUGAAAUAUUUGCGACGACUAAACAUUUUAUCCUUGGGUUUCACACCAAUCAUAAAUACAACUCCACUCGCUCACGACCACGACGAACAUGUUCACGCCGAUGUGUAUUUGGCUGGUAUUGAGGUGUACCGAAAGAUCAUUCCCAAUUUAGCUGACAUAUGAGUUCGUUGCUAUUGUUAAGCUUAGGUAUUCUUUAAUAAUAAAACAUCGACUCGUCGACUGUGUCUGCACUCGUCUCACUUUAUUACUUCCACAAUUUUUGACUGAGUUAUUGCAGAUGUAAUCUUAUGGAAUAAAUAAAAUGAAAUUUAA